UAAGAAACAUGACACAGGAGGAAACUGAAAGUAAAGUUCCUUCCUGGGAAACAACCGAGCGCUCUGCCGACACUGUUUCUCCUCCACAGGCCGACACCUAACACACUUUUCAGACAUGGCCUCCGGCAGCAGCCUCCUGUCCGAGGAUCAGUUUCUCUGUCCGAUCUGCCUGGACGUGUUCACUCGGCCCGUCACCACCCCGUGCGGACACAACUUCUGCAUGUCCUGCCUCACGACCUACUGGGUGGACGGAUCGGUCUGCCGGUGUCCCAUCUGUAAGGAAACGUUUCAAAGGAGGCCGGAUCUCAAAGUCAACACUUUCAUUUCUGAGCUCGCGUUGCAGUUCAAGUCGCUUCAAGUGACAGACCUUGACAUCUGGAACUCAGAUCAACAGCAGGCCAGCUGUGGCGGCGUGGUGCUGUGUGAUAUUUGUACUGACACCCAGCAAGAAGCUGUCAAAUCCUGUCUGGAGUGUCUGACUUCUUACUGCGACGUUCAUCUGGAGCCUCACCACAGAGCCGUCGGGCUCAAGAGACACACGCUGGUUGAGCCCUUGGCGAGGCUGGAGGACCGGAUCUGCAAGGAGCACACCAGACUCCUCGUGAUGUUCUGCAGAAAGGACAAGGUUUUGGUGUGCGACGUCUGCGCCAGCUCGCGCCACGCGAGGCAUGACGUCGUCCCCGUGCGGCGAGCGUACACGGAGAUGAAGGUCCUGCUGGGGGAAGCAGAGACCAAAGUGCAGCAGAUGAUCCAGGAAAGGCUGCAGAAGGUUCAAGAUGUGACGGACUCAGUGAAGCAAAGCGCGACGGAAACCAAAGAUGUGAUCGCGAGUGGUUUGCAGGAGUUGACGGCGCUGGUUUCUGAGGUCCAGGAGAGCCGGACGGAGCUCAUAAAGGUGAUGGAGGAGAAGCAAAAGGCAGCAGAGGAACAAGCCGUCGGGUUCAUAAGCAGCAUGGAGCAGGAGAUCGCCGAGCUGCAGGCGUCGACGACGGAGCUGGAGGAGCUCAGACGGACCGACGACCAGUUCUGUUUCCUCCAGAGAUUCAUAAACUCGCCGCUCCUGCCUCACACUAUGGACCUGUCCACAUUCAGCUUCGACAGACUCGUGGAGAUCAAUCACGUUCGGAAAUCUUUGAGCACGUCGCUGUCUCAGCUGCGAAAGCUGCUGAGUAAAAUGAACGCGGAAAUCAAACUCUCCGCCGGCACAGACGCGUCGAACGAUGCGGUGCUGAGAUACCUGCAGCGCUACGAGGAGGACGUCCUGCUCGACCCCGACACCGCUCACCCUCUGCUCAUCAUAUCGGACGACAGGAAGCAGGUGAGGUACAGCCAAGGCUCCGGCCUGUGGGCCAACCAGAUCCUGAACCCGAGCAUGUUCACGGAGCACCUGGCAGUUCUGGGACAGAGAGGUUUCUCGUCACGCAGGUUUUACUUUGAGGUGCUCGUCGGGGGAAAGACCGAGUGGUGCCUUGGCGUGGCCACGGCGUCGAUCCAGAGGAGGGGGUCUCUGUUUCGGAGUCCCGAUUGUGGACUCUGGGCCAUCUGGUUCCUGGUGGAUAAAUUUGAAACCUUCAGCGCUCCAAACGUGCCGGUGUACAUGGGAAAAGUGGAGCGGGUCGGCGUGUACACGGAUUACAACAGACGGCAAAUUUCUUUCUACGACGUUCAGACUGCAACACAUAUUCACACGUUUGAUGAGUGUUUGUUCACUGAGCCUCUGUAUCCGUACUUUAAUCCUUGUGAUAACGAAUAUGGUUCGAACCUGGAGCCGAUGAUAAUCGUUCCUGUCGGCUGUACGGAGUGAGCGGAGGCCUCAGCGGCUCGGUGAUCUGUGGGUUACUUAUCACAGCGCAACUGAUUUACCAAGACAAACUCAUUCAGACAGAUUUUUUUGUAAAGCAACUUUUUAUAAUCACAAACACCUGAGUCCUGAUUCAUCUUCCCCUUUUUCCUGUAAUUUACUGAUGAUUAAAUGUCAUAUUUUAUUUAAUAUUUUUUAUUUAUAAAGACAGCGUCAGUUUCCAGGGCAGACGGUCGGAUGACUGAGCAUCAGAAGCCUCUCAAACAUGAAGGCUGAUACUCCAGUUGCAUUUUGUUUUCUGAUUAACAGUGUCAAUGAUUCUUCUGACAGCUUGUCGAUAAAAUAAACUAAUUCCCUAAAAAAUGGCUCUGAUGCAGCAUCCUCCCGCCCACAACACUAUCUGACUGGUAGCACAAUCAGUAGCCCAUAAACACUAAAUAAUCUGAAUGAUCUGCAGAUUAUGUAGAGGGGAGGAAGUAUAAAGUAGCAGAAUAUCAAAGUACUUUCUUUGAGGAAGUAAUGGAUUACACAUCAGGGGUCGACUGAUGAGGGGCAUCAGUGGUAUCAGUGUUUUUGAUAACAAUCUGAUUUUGCAGAGUAACAAGUGGCUGAACGUAUCAACUAAAUAGACGAAGUGGAGUGAAAGUGAAAACUGAAAAUGGAAAGUACCUGAAAAUUUUGACACAUGUUGGUUACAUUCCAUCAGUGGCCGAGCUUAAUGUUGAGAAUACGGUUUUAUUUUCCCUGUAAAUGAAUAUCGCUUCCAAUUAUCAGUCGUCUGUCUCCUGGUUUACUAAUAAUCAGCAUCAGUCGAUCCUGUUACACAUUACUUUAAAACAAAUAUUACAUUCCUUCCCUGAAGAAAAGUUGUUUUUCCUUUUGCAUUACUCUAUAAAACUGCCUGAUGUGCAUCUUGACGUAAUGAAGCAUUAAAUGUACUUAUGCCCGAAUAUCAGCCCAGCACUAAUAAAGAGGACGUUCACAUGAUGGUUUCUUCUGUGUUCUGUUUGUAUUUUUUAUGACAUUCAUUUUAUUGAUGAGUCCUUUCCUGGAUUGUUGGAGUUGGAGUGACGAUUAUUGCUUAUAUCGAUGCUCGCAAUGUCGUCUUGUUGCAGGCAGUCCGGGAGCAAUAAUAAUAAUUACAACAACAAAAAAAACCCAACUGACUGGAGGUGCACGUGAUCUGCAUUCAACAGACCGAACGCACUAAAAACACAAACGCUUCUAACGCUUCUACCUGUCGAGCGUGUGGAUUAUUUAAGACCUGGCGUAACGCAAGAAACAACAAAACUGUUUGAUUCAUAAACGCAAUUUUAACAAAUCAUGAAAUCAGAAAGAGCAGCGCGUUACAGACAAAUCUUGACAUGUCUUGGUGGGAAAAGCACAGGUGUAAAUAAUGAAGAUAAUGAAGGUGGAAUUCUACUGAGCUGCAUCUUUAAUGUCGUCAGUAACAGCCGAGCUUUUCCUCCUGAGACAUGACAAAAACGUCUCCUUUGAAAAUAAAUCCAAUAUGCUGGAAAAUCAUUUAAAUUGAUCAUUUUUUCAGCACUUAAAUCACA